UUUGCCCCCAUAACCUAUGCCUUUAUCGAACAGGUCCUGUUGACGCUGUGCGCCGUCAUUAUGUGCCAUGCCGACGAAGCAACUAUUGGCAACGUCACUGAAGUUGUCAUACUGGACAAUGUGCCACUCCUCACUCAAGAAGACAUCGCCAAAGCAAUGAGCGUAAGUGGCGACUAUGAAGACCGCGGAGGCAGGCACUCCUACGGACAUUACGGCGGUGGGUACCGUCACCACGGCGGCAGCCAUGGUUCCCACCGAGACAGCUACAGCAGGCGAGGACAGCGUCACGGUGGCCACCGCUAUAACAGGUACCACGGCAACCACCACGGCAGGCGUCACUACGAUGGUUACGGCAGCCGCCACCACGGUUCCGCACGAUACGGAGGUUAUGGAAGGCACGGAGGAAGUUAUGGCGGAAACAACUACAGAAACAGGGGCCACCGAAGCCAUGGCUAUAAGAAUGUCUACCACAAGGAGGAGUACGCGGACCACAAGACAUACUAUGACGACUACCACGAUGGUGACCGCCGAAACUACUACAACAAUCAUCACAACUACCGGGACCACCAGGGAGGUCGGGAGCGCUACGGACACCACUACAGGGGCUACGAAGGGAAGCACAGGCACGGAGAUAAUUACCAUCGGCACGGUGGAGGUUACCACAGCAGUCACAGGGACUCACACGGAAACCAUGGGCAUUACCACGGCAGGAACGGUCACGGAUACAAGAGUGGCGGAGGCGUUCAACAUAGGGGCGGUCGAGGGUACUACGGGCAUCCCCGCCAAUAUGGACACCACGCACAGGCCUCCAAGAGGGCACUCGUCUACUUCACCGGGCACAGUGACGAGAAGUGUGCAAGUGCUCCAGGGCGAAUCGCUGCGCCGUAAGAACUGCUGGGAGCCCAGCCGGUUUUCCUCUGUAGAUGCUGCUGGCUUGCAGCUGCGGAGAAACUGAACACAAUAUAGCAUUGCUGGUCAAUUGUAUUCUGUUUACAAUAUAUAUGCAUAUUCGUGAGGUU